CUGCAUUUCAAGGGAAAGACGAGAUCUUGCACAAGGCACCCUGCGUCUGUCCUCCACAAGGGAAGGGUGACAUGGAGCCUCUUGGGCUGCUCAUCUUGCUCUUUGUCACAGAGCUAUCCCGAGCCCACAACACCACGGUGUUCCAGGGCAUGGCAGGCCAGUCCCUGAGGGUCUCCUGCCCCUACAACUCCUUGAAGCACUGGGGGAGACGCAAAGCCUGGUGCCGCCAGCUGGGUGAAGAGGGCCUGUGCCAGCAGGUGGUCAGCACUCACCCCUCGUGGCUGCUGUCCUUCCUGAAGAGGCACAAUGGGAGCACGGCCAUCAUGGACGAUGCCCUGGGUGGCACACUCACCAUUACGCUGCGGAAUCUUCAAGCCCACGACGCUGGCCUCUAUCAGUGCCAGAGUCUCCAUGGUAGCGAGGCCGACACCCUCAGGAAGGUCCUGGUGGAGGUGCUGGCUGACCCCCUUGAUUACCAGGACCCUGGAGAUCUCUGGAUCCCUGAGGAGUCCGAGAGCUUUGAGGAUGCCCAGGUGGAGCACAGCAUCUCCAGGAACCUUUCUGAAGAGGAGAGCCCCUUCCCACCCAUUUCCAUCCUUUUCCUCCUGGCCUGCAUCUUUCUCAGCAAGCUUCUGGCAGCCAGCGCUCUCUGGGCUGCUGCCUGGCAUGGGCAGAAACGGAGGACACCCCAUGCCAGUGGGCUGGACUGUGGCCAUGACCCAGGUUACCAGCUCCAAACCUUGACAGAGCUGAGAGACACGUGA